UCCAGGCAGUUUUUACGGUGGGAACGUGAGAGUACUCCCCUUCCCCCAGCACCCCCCUCCCCUGGGCUCCGCGAGCGCGCACGCGUGCAAAACCGUGUGGGAAUGGCUGUUGUGUGACCGGGGGUUGGGCCGCUAGGAGCUGCUAGAGUUUGUAAUGUCCGCCAUGUUGGCCAUGGCGUAUUGAACCAGGGAGAGCGGAGCCUCGGAAAAAAGAGACCGACAGAGAGCGAUCAAAACCCGGGCCUUCCCGGCUCCGUUCGCAUCUCCAUAUACCUACCCUACUACCAAUCGAACUGUUGACUUCUGGCGAACAUCGCAGAUCCAUCCAUGAGAACUCAAAGCAGUACUGUUGUGAACCUUAGGUUAUCGGUUAGAUUAAUGCUGAAUCUUACAUUAUAAAAAAAACAUGAGUAAAUUGUCGUUUCGGGCACGGGCGCUGGACGCUACCAAGCCUCUACCCGUCUUUCGCUGCGAGGACUUGCCAGACCUGCACGAAUAUGCCUCUAUCAAUCGGGCAGUACCGCAAAUGCCAACUGGGAUGGAGAAAGAGGAAGAAUCGGAGCACCAUCUCCAGCGGGCCAUCUCUGCACAGCAGGUGUACGGGGAGAAACGGGACAACAUGGUCAUCCCCGUCCCCGAAGCAGGGAGCAACAUCGCCUACUAUGAAUCCCUCUACCCCGGGGACUUCAAGAUGCCAAAGCAGCUCAUUCACAUACAGCCUUUCAGUUUGGAUACAGAGCAGCCGGACUACGACCUGGAUUCAGAGGACGAGGCAUUUGUGAAUAAGCUGAAGAAGAAGAUGGAGAUCACCUCUCUGCAAUUUGAGGAGAUGAUUGACCGGCUGGAGAAAGGCAGUGGCACACAGCUGGUGAGCCUGCAGGAGGCCAAGCUGCUGCUGAAGGAGGAUGACGAGCUGAUCAAGGAGGUGUUUGACUACUGGACGAGGAAGCGGAAAAACUGUAAGAGUAGCUCACUCAUCCCCACUGUGAAGCAGGAGAAGAGAGACGGAUCCAGCACCUCAGACCCCUACGUGGCCUUCCGCAGGAGGACUGAGAAGAUGCAGACCAGAAAGAACCGUAAGAACGACGAGGCUGGGUAUGAGAAGAUGCUGAAGCUGCGGAGGGACCUGAGCCGAGCCGUGACCAUCCUGGAGAUGAUCAAGAGGAGGGAGAAGAGCAAGCGGGAGCUGCUACACCUCACCCUGGAGAUCGUAGAGAAGAGGAACGGCAUGCCUGACUACGGUAGUGAAGUUAUGGCAGAGGCCCUGGCCCAGAGGGCCCUGGUAAAGCCCGUCUACACGAUACCCAUCAUUCCCCUCUCCAACAGCAACCAGUACCGCCACCAAGACCACAUGGACAUGAAGGAGUACAAAACUAAACCGGAGAAGACGGAGGUGGUCAGAACGAAGAGGAAGUACGAGAAGAAGCCUAAAAUCCCUCCUCUCUCUGCACCCCAACACUCUGGCCCCUCUGUGUUCAACCCCAAGGACCUCAAUCAGUAUGACUUCCCCAGCUCUGAUGACGAACCCUUCUCACAGAUCCAUUCAGGUUCCUCGGAGGCAGAGGAGGAGAAUGACCCAGAUGGCUGCUUUGCGUUCCGGAGGAAGGCCGGCUGUCAGUACUACGCUUCUCGUCUGGACCAGAGUGGUAACUGGCCGUGGGUCAGCCCCUCUGGGGGCGGUUUGGGCGACCCUCACUUCCGUUACUGCCUCACGUCCCUGACGGUGCCCCGGCGCUGCAUAGGGUUGGCAAGGCGACGCACGGGCAGAGGGGGCAGAGUUUUGCUGGACAGAGCGCACACAGAUCUGGACAAUAUUUUCCACAGCCUGGACUCGGACCCCGAGACCGAAUCACUUCAAGCCUCAUCUCCUCCCACAAGCUCUCCUCUCCGCAGCGCAGCGCCUGCCAGUACCUCAGACACCAAUACCUCGGACCGAACCAAUGCUCCCAACAACCACCACCCCUCUUCUUCCUCUCCGUCAUCUGUGGACCUCAGUGAGAUUCUGUUGAACAUUAAGUCAGGCCGCUGGAGGCACUUUAGGCCGCGGACGCUAUCCCAUCACCCCCUGGGUGGUGACAUCUCACGCUACAGAGGAUUUAGAGGAUUUACGCGGAGUACGUCCUUGGGACAGAGCAGGCUCUUGGGGAGUGGAGCUAACGCCCUACCCCGCACUGGCCCAGGAGCUACACCCGUUACUGCAUUCACAGCAGAGCAGUACCAACAGCACCAGGAGCAGCUGGCCCUGAUGCAGAAACAGCAGCUUGAGCAGAUCCAACAGCAGCAACAGGCACAGCAACAGGCACAGCAGCAGGCAAACACAGACCCAUCCUCUACUACUACAUCCACAGCACCACCACCCAACACACAGUGUAUAAUAUCUAAGACGUUAGACUCGGCCAGCGCCCAGUUUGCUGCCUCUGCCCUGGUGACCACGGACCAACUGAUGGCCUUCAAGGGCAAGGAGGAGGGGGUUCUGGGAAGUGGUGUCAACGGGGUCUUUCCAGGCUCAGGAGUUUACAAAAGCUUACACCUCGCCAGCACCACCCACACCCACCACCCCAACACCAACCAGACUCCCACUCCUCCUCCAUCAGCCCCCACUUUCCUUAAGCCCUCCUCCACCACUACAUCCCCUGUCACCGCCUCCUCCCUCAGCUCCCCAGCUAACGCCCACGUGAAUCCCCUCCACUUGGGUAGCAACGCUGCCAACUCCACCACCACUCAGGUCCUGAUAGGGAACAACGUCCGUAUGAGCGUACCCUCCUCCCCUGUCCUCCCCAGUCUGGGCGGCACCACCACGCGCCACAGCCACAUACCCAGGGCUCUGGGAGCCCUGCCCUCCUCUGCCUUAAAGAUGGCUGCCAACACCAACUGUCAGAUGCCCAACAAGGUCACCGGGGCUUCUACCAUGGACAUAGGAUCCAGCAGGGAUAAUCACGAUCAAGACAAACCAGCUCUUAACAGUAUAGCGGACAACACAGUGGCCAUGGAGGUGACGUAGCAGAGUGGUGGUGGUGCUGCUAGCUACCAUGACAGUCCAGCCAGGCCCAACGCUACCCAACCCUCUGCUGGCCAACCAGUCCUCUGCUGAGAGUCUGCUCCUACUCUCUGAAUCCACUCUUUAGGUGCUGUGCAUCGUAGCAUUGGGAAUGCAAAAGGGACGGUAGGCGGGUGGUCAGCGGGACUCCCCACACAUACACACAACGGACUACAUACGGAGUACGGACAGACACAUUUCCACGGCAACUGUGGGGAUUACAUGGGUUGCUAUUCUCAUCUCUCAUGCUUUUUAAAUGUUUUUGUUUUUGUAUUCGUUACUGUUAAUAAGAGUAAAAAUUGACAUUGUGUAAAUUAUGAAUAUGGCAAAUUAGUAUCUGUACAGUAACUAAAUAUUUGUAAUACCCCCCUUGUAUAUAUGUUACUUGAAUACAGAAACUUGUUUUAUUUGUGAUGUUUUGCACUUGGGAAUAAAAAUAAAAAAGCGAUAAACUUGUGAGUGUGAGAUGUGAGAGUUGUAUAAACGAAAGAGACAUUUCAGAAGAGACGUUUCAUCACAUGCAUGGUGCAGAGCCUGCUGUUUUAUCUAUUUAUUGUGCUGUGUUUACAGUUUCCUUUUUUUCUUUUUGCACUGUACCUUCAUUGGUUCCUGUGCUGUAGUAAAUGUUAGGUAGCUACGGACUCCUGGGUAUUUUGUAUAUUGUAAACACAAUGCAGGUUUUUCCCCCCCUUUGGGUCCCUGCGCUUUUCUUUGGAUCAUGUGGAAUUCAAUGGUGAUAUACAGAUUGGCUCACCUCCCCACAGAGUCUGAGGUGGAGGACAUGGUCAGCUUUGGUUCACUUCACUUAGCGGGGUUAAAGCUCUUCCUGGGAUCUUCCAUUUACGUUAUCCCGAUACAAGUAACAAACUAGGGAUGAAGUCUCUUCCUAGAAGCAUCUCUCUCAUGCUUCUGAUUCAAAGCACUUAUCGAUUUUGUUUUCUGUUUUUUUAUCAAUAUUAAUGCUGCUUUUGUAUAAUUUUGGUUCCUUGUUUUCAUGCAAUGCCCCCCCCCCCCCCCCCCUUUAAUUAUUUUAACCCCACACACAUUUUUGUAAAACAGAAUUGAGUUAUUUUUGUAUUUUUCUCCUGUUUUUGUGGUAAAAAAAUGAUUGUAAGCUUCUUCGUAUUGACAGACUUCAUUAUUUUGUUACUUGUUUAUGCAUAGGUGAUAAGGGAGGUGAAUGGCAGUUACAAUUGCUGUAUGUAUCAUCAUUCCAAUUUCUGACAAAAAAAAAUGCUAAUGGGGGUAGCUAUGGAGAAAGGCUAAUUUUCUCUUAUCUCACCGUUUCAAACUCCAGACGGCUGCAAGGCCAAAAACCACAAGUGUCGGGUGCCUUCCCUUGGGGGAAAAAAACGUGCUCUCUUCUGUGAAGAGUAAGGCACAAAAACAGUGCUACUCCUAGUAGUACUUUUUGUCUGUGUCGUCAGAAUCUGAAUGCCCAGUCCAAUGGCAGGAUUUAUCCUUGAGGUUUUCUUGUCCCACCUGGAGGCUGAAAAGAAUAAUGAAAAUAAAAAAAGUGACAGAACUCUACGAUAAUAUAAGACAAUAAAGCCCAGGUCAUUAUAUGUGGAUUAUGUGGCUCUUUGUGUUCUGUUGGGUGAAUGUUAUGGGUUUUGUUUGUUUGUUUGUGAGCAAAAAUUGGCAUAUUUUAAGAACGAGACGUUUUGAAUAAUGUAACUCAUGCCAUGCAGCGUUUGUGUAGGCCUACGGAUGUUUCAACUGGGUGGCUGUGUGUGUAAGAGAGUGAGAGCGCAAUGUUUUGGGAGUUUUAAGAUGGUUUAUACUGCAUUGUUGCAUCUUGUUUACAUUAUCACAUUUUGAUGCUGUAAUUAAAGCACAAGUAUCACAGAG